AGAAAAAAAUAGGAAUCGCCUGUAGGGAUGAACCUGACCGGGAAUGUCCGCCCGGUUCGUUCCUCCAUUUCACUGCUUCAUCGCUCUCCAAUCAUCUCUCUUUCGCUAUUUAAAUAUUGCUCUUCUUCCUCCUUGUGUUAAUUUAACGCUGUGUCAAUGGCCACAAGUGCUCACAACCUUGCUUUGGAUCCGGAUCUGGAUUCUCCUGACAACCCUACUCACGAGUUCGCUCAGUUUGGCGCUGGUUGCUUCUGGGGAGUGGAGCUCGCCUUUCAGCGACUCGCUGGUGUCGUCAAAACCGAGGCCGGAUACUCUCAAGGUCAUACUCCCGAUCCUAACUACAAAUUGAUAUGUUCCGGAACCACUAAUCACGUAGAGGUUGUUCGGGUUCAGUUUGACCCGCAAGUGUGUUCCUACACUGAUCUUCUCUCUCUCUUUUGGUCUCGUCACAAUCCCACCACUAUCAAUCGCCAAGGGAAUGACGUGGGAACACAAUAUAGGUCAGGGAUAUACUACUACAAUGAAACUCAGGCUGGUUUAGCAGAGGAAUCAAAGGAAGCAAAACAACGGGAACUGAAUGUGAAGGUAGUGACAGAGAUUCUUCCGGCGAAGAGAUUUUACAGAGCAGAGGAAUACCACCAACAAUAUCUGGAGAAAGGUGGCCGUAAUGGCCUCAAACAAUCUGCAGACAAAGGAUGCACUGAUCCCAUCAGAUGCUAUGGGUGAAUGUUGAUCACCCGCCAUUUUCAUCAUCACCGUCUUCUGCCUGCUAUAUAUCUAUGCCAACUUGUCUCUACUGUUCAAAAAUAAAUAAAACAAACUUCUUCGCUUCAUGAAUUAAUAGGAUUCUCUAAACUACCUUAUGGUCAAGUUAGAAUUUAGGAAGAGAUAUGAAACUCACGGAUGCAGAGAUGGUACACACCAUUCUAUUGCUAUCUCUAUGUUUGAUACUUAUGUAUGUUAUGGAAUCCAGACUGAGUUCCAACAGUUUCUAUUUAGAAAUUGUACUUGGAUAUGAAUAAAUCUAAUUACUUAGCUAUUUGUCAAGAAA